ACCCAAUCUAAUUUAAUUUGGACCUAAGCCCAAGUCCAUUAUUCUACACCCUAGUGGAAAUAAGCUUCUCUUCGUUUCAGGCGACAAUUUACCCUUCUUCCUUUCGCAUUCAAUCGUAAGCAUCAUCCAGCAAAGCUGUAUUUGUAGCUGCUGAACUCCCCCGUAUCUUUCGCCUCCAUACGUUCAACAGCUAACAUGGCAGAGCAGACUGAGAAGGCUUUCUUGAAGCAGCCAGGGGUUUUCCUCAGCUCAAAGAAAACAGUAAAGGGUAAGAGGCCCGGAAAGGGAGGCAGCCGUUACUGGAAGAGCAUUGGUUUGGGGUUUAAGACUCCUCGUGAGGCCAUCGAAGGGACAUACAUUGAUAAGAAAUGCCCUUUCACUGGCAAUGUUUCUAUCAGAGGUCGUAUCCUUGCGGGCACUUGCCAUAGUGCUAAGAUGAAUAGAACAGUUAUUGUCCGUCGCAACUACCUUCACUUUGUGAAGAAGUACCAGAGGUAUGAAAAAAGACACUCAAACAUUGCUGCUCACAUCUCUCCUUGCUUCCGUGUGAAAGAGGGUGAUCAUGUUAUCAUUGGUCAAUGCAGACCGUUAUCCAAGACUGUGAGGUUCAAUGUUGUGAAAGUGAUUCCUGCUGGUUCAGCCAUUGGUGGAAAGAAGGCUUUCACCGGCAUGUGAAUUAGCGUGGUGUUCAUCCCGUGCUUGAGGUUUUGAAGUCAUGAUAUUAAUGUUAGACUGUUGGUUUUUACCGCGUGCCCUCUCGGCCAAUUUCUUGGCCACUUAAUGUCUGGAGUAAAAAUUCAUAUUUUUACCAAGGGUGUUUUGGUCAAUUCGUACACUCCAUCCGUCAUUAUAAUUGACGUUUUGAAAGUAGUCAAUGAUCUUUACUUUAGGGAGAAUGGAGGGGACAAUGAUAAGUUUGAGAGUGGUAAUGUUAACACCUUUU